AUGCCUAGCCACAUCCCACAUUACUUCUGUGCGUGGCACCUUGAGCAGAAUCUGCGGCGCUUCAAGGAGAAGGCGCAAUCAUUCUUUAAACGGUUGGUGAAAUGCGGCUGCGAGACAAAGUGGAUUGCCCUCGUAGCAGCAUGCAGACGCGACUUCCCAGAAAUGGCGCUUUACCUCUUUGGCCCUGAGGUCCCUCCCGCUGCAAGCGUGCCACCUGCACCUGAGGCACGCCCCUCCCCUGACGCGCGCUCAUCCUAUGCUGGGGCGAGAGCGUACGUGUUUGAGACUGGCCGCGAUGGACGACGCAUGGCCAGAAAUGCACGCCAAGGGCAUGCAUCUGGCGGGGCAAGUGGCGCCACGCAGCCGCAAACUGGCUUUGGCGUUCCUGGUGCAGGCACCGCAAGUUACAACAGGAACGGUGGCGGACUCGCAGGCACUGGAGGCAUGAAUGCUCCGAACGCUCAGUUCGGUGGUGCUGGGUUGGGGGUGGGAAGCGGGACAGGCUUCGGAAGGUUUGGUCCGAGUGCCGGCAGAGGGAUUGGCAGGGGGAGUGGUGCGAGGGGUGUGUCGCCGCGGGCAGCGGGUUCCCACUUUGUGCACGCCAGAGGAGAUGGCGUCGGCGGGGGUUUGAGCGGAGAAAAUGUCGGGCUUGGGGGUCACACUGAUGGAGAUGGGGGUCCAGUGGCUUCAGACCAUGAGGACGGGGGUGGCGUGGGGGGGGGCGCAGGUGACGACACUUUUGGAGGGGCAGACAAUGGAAUUGGAACUCAAGAAUCCACGGCAGGGUUUAGGGCGGUCGGCAGGGGACUUGGGACGGCGGGAGGGAUUGGAGGUGUUGGAAUCGGAGUGGGGUCAGGUGGAGGUGAUGGAGGUGUGGGAGUGCAGGUGGGGAUUGGAGGAGGGUUGGAAGGUGUGGGAGUGCAGGUGGGGAUUGGAGGAUGGUUGGAAGGUGUGGGAGUGCAUGUGGGGAUUGGAGGAGGGGUUGGUGGUGUGGGCAGGGGAGUGGGGAAUGGAGGAGGGGUGGGUGGUGUGGGAGUGCAGGUGGGGACGGGUGGAGGGGAGGGUGGUGUGGGCAGGGGAGUGUGGAUUGGUGGAGGGGUUGGUGGUGUGGGAGUGCAGGUGGGGACGGGUGGAGGGGUGGGUGGUGUGGGCAGGGGAGUGUGGAUUGGUGGAGGGGUUGGUGGUGUGGGAGUGCAGGUGGGGACAGGUGGAGGGGUUGGUGGUGUGGGCAGGGGAGUGGGGAAUGGAGGAGGGGUGGGUGGUGUGGGAGUGCAGGUGGGGACGGGUGGAGGGGAGGGUGGUGUGGGCAGGGGAGUGUGGAUUGGUGGAGGGGUUGGUGGUGUGGGAGUGCAGGUGGGGACGGGUGGAGGGGUGGGUGGUGUGGGCAGGGGAGUGUGGAUUGGUGGAGGGGUUGGUGGUGUGGGAGUGCAGGUGGGGACAGGUGGAGGGGUUGGUGGUGUGGGCAGGGGAGUGUGGAUUGGUGGAGGGGUUGGUGGUGUGGGAGUGCAGGUGGGGAUGGGUGGAGGGGAGGGUGGUGUGGGCAGGAGAGUGUGGAUUGGUGGAGGGGUUGGUGGUGUGGGAGUGCAGGUGGGGACAGGUGGAGGGGUUGGUGGUGUGGGCAGGGGAGUGUGGAUUGGUGGAGGGGUUGGUGGUGUGGGAGUGCAGGUGGGGACAGGGCUUGUACAUGUUGGUGGGGUGGGAGUCCAGGUGGGGACAGGUGGAGGGGUGGGGGUGGGGGAGUGCAGGGGGGGACCGGUGCAGGGGGUGGUGGAGUUGGCAGGGGUGUGGGAAGUGGUGGUUCGCUCCGGUCCUGCGUUCAACCUGGCGACGAUCCAGCAGAGGGCGCGCCAGCUGUACAGUGCGGACACGAUCAACACCAGAGUCAACGAUGAGGCGCCGUGCAGGCGCCGACGCGAUUGGCGAUCGUCUGCCUUUGAUGAGGACGGAGGUGAUGACUUGCAUGCUGGUCUCACGCAGGUUUUGUCACUUCCUUGGCCUGAUACACAGACUGGUGGAGAUGCUCAACGUGUGGCUACUGAUGAGCCAGGUUUCGAGGGCGAGGAUGACCUGGAGCCGGAUGGUGCAGACGGUGGUGAGGGGGAGGAGGGAGGCAUCAGCGUGCAGACAGGAUUCCAUCGCAACAGGAUGGGAUCUAGGUACAGAAUUGGGGGGAUCCAACUGCUGCACUGGGCUCAACUCUUUGCCCCAACCCGUCGGUACGAGAUUUACACAAGCAAUGCAGCGGAGACCCUCAAUGGUGCUGUGAAGAAAAUCCGCAUGCUGCCCCCGACCUGGCUGCUGGCGUCAUUGUGGGACUGGUUCAGGGACAAGUGGGUGGAGCGUUAUGAGGCAGCGUGGGGAAUGGGGCUGGUGCUGGUGCUGGGCGUGGACAUGGGGGUGGAGUGGGGCGUGGCGCUGGGCCCGGUGCGGGCAAUGGUGCAGGGGCUGGCCCAGCGGCUGGUGGUGGGUUUGGCUGUGGAUCCGGGGCGGGUCUUGGUGCUGGCUACGGUGUUGGGGCUGGUGGUGGGUUUGGCGUUGGCUUUGGUGCGGGGCUUGGUGGAGGAGGUGGCCCAGGGGCUGGUGGUUUCGGGUUUGGCGGCGGUGGGGGUGCGGGAGGUGUUGCCUCAAAUGGUUCUGGGCUCGGAGGUGGGUUUGUUGCAGGCCGAGGCAGUGGUCUUGGUGCUGGGUUUGUUGCUGGGCAAGGAGCGGGUGUCGGUGCAGGAGGAUGGAGUGGAUCUGUGGCCGCAGCAUGGCCUGGUGCUGCCAAUGGUGCUGGUCGCGGUUUGGGAGGUGGCGAUGGCUAUGAUGUGGGGACAGGUGCUGGGUUUGGUGAGGUGCCAAGUGGUAGGGGUGGUGGCAAUGUUACUGGCCGUGGUGCCGAACGUGGUGCAAGACGUGGUGCAGGACGUGGAGCUGGUCGCGGUGCUGGGCGUGGUGCUGGGCCGAGAGCUGGGCGUGGAGCUGGGCGCGGUGCUGGCCGUGGCGCAGGACGUGGUGCAGGGCGCAGUGCAGGGCGAGGUGCAGGACGUGGUGCUGGACGCAGUGCUGGUCGUGAUGCUGGGCACGGGGACGGACAUGGUGGGGGCAUUGAGGAGGGAAUGGGUUUGGAGAACGAUCCCUAGACGUCAUGGGUUCAAUGGUGCCGGUAUAGGUGGUAGGGGUGGUUGA